AUGCAGGGCAGCCCAAUCACGUCCGCUGCCCGUCCCGUCCUGCGACCCGUGCUCUGCCGCUUGGCCUUUCGGGAAGGUGGAGGACGAACCGCGGUUGAGGGGCCGCGCCCAGUGGCGUCAGCUUUCGUCCGUGCUGAGUUUUCGGGGUUGGGCGGUCGCGUGGGUGAAAGGGUGGGGUUCUCUGGCGGCGCUGUGGAGGUGUCAGCAUUAUCCAGGCUUCGCCACCCCCAAUUUUUAUCCCGAUUAAGAAACAGUGCGUUGCAUUGUCAGGCUGCCCACCAUGCCCGCGGGCGUGUCCUGGCCCACCUACCUGAAGAUGUUCGCGGCCAGCCUCUUGGCCAUGUGCGCGGGGGCCGAAGUGGUGCACAGGUACUACCGGCCGGACCUGGCGCAUUAGCAGGGAGCUGGAUCAGAAGUGGAGCAGCUGGGACUCAAAGCGUUGCACAUAUGGAAUGCCGACACCCGCUGUGCCACAACACUGGCCCUUACAUAUGGCUGCUGUGGCCGGAGCUAUGCCAGUCCGAAGCCAGGAGCCAGGUGCUUCUUCCUGGUCUCCCAUGCGGGUGCAGAGCCCAAGCUCUUGGGCCAUCCUCCACUGCCCUCCCAGGCCACAUCAGAGAGCUGGACUGGAAGAGGAGCAACCGGGACUACAACCCAGUGCCCAUGUGGGAUGCUGGUGCCGCAGGUAGAGGAUUAGCCAAACAAUACCUGAAAUCCCACCGAAGCGUGGAGAACUCAGAACGGAGCUUUUGGGUCUGAAAGAGAGACAACAUAAACCUCAGACUUCUCAGCAGUAAAAACUUCAACUCUGCCAAGAGUUCUGUGAAUAACUCUCUCUUAUAUGUGUAUUUUAAUAUUGAGUCAAACUACUUUUUAAAGGUUUAUUUAUUUGAAAAGCAGAGUUGCAGAGAGCAAGAGAGCGAGCGAGUGAGUGAUCGAGGUCUUCCAUCUGCUGGUUCACUCCCCAGAUGACCACAAUGGCCGAAGCUGCACCGAUCCGAAGCCAGGAGCCAGGAGCUUCUUCUGGGUCUCCCACACAGGUGCAGGGGCCCAAGGACUUGGGCCAUCUUCUACUGCUUUCCCAGGCCAUAAAACUGCUUUUUUUUUUUGAGCUGCCGUCCAAUGCUAACUGCAAGAGAAGGUGCUUUGUAGAUAUUAACUGAUACAUGGAAAUUUAAUUGAACUCACCAGUAAUUCUUGUAAAUUGUUCAAGUGCUUCUUGUCAGCCUCCUGAAUGAGGUCUGGAAGAUACUUAAUCUUGAACACCAUGAUGUUAUAAUUCUGAAUGAGUUUGAUUACAAUGGCAAAUGGGGAUUAUAAAUUAAGUAUAAUAAAAGUAAUAUUGACAAUGAA